AUGUAUACUAUCGACAGGGGUGCGCCCGACCCUGCUCGAGCUCGCGGAGCGAGAGGGACUUGGCUACACCACAGGUUGUGUGCAACCAGGGGCCGGCGUCAGAUCCGAUGUCAAACCGACCUUGCCGACCCCCCCUUAAUCGCUUGGUGUGUUUCUAUGCGGGAGGUGUCGGGAGCCGCCGUUGGCCCAACCCUCCAACGUGAGCAUUACAUGGGUGCCCGCAGUCGGGAUCGCUUCCGACGCUGGCCUUACAUCAAGGCCGCGGUCGGCCCGACUUGGGACAAACCAGUUUAUAACUUUUUGAAGAGUGAAAAAUCGGGAAUUAUGGGACUCUCACGAAUCAAAUGGAACUUCGAGAAAUUCGUUGUGGACAAGAAAGGGGCCGUUCGUUAUAGACAUGCCUCGACUUCUAAGCCUGAGUCACUUGAAAAGGAGAUCGAAGGUUUGUUAGCCGAAUAA